CGACGCCCCUGCCCCGCGCGUCCCCGCCCCGGAAGGCCGGGCGGCGCCGCGCUCCCACGUGCCGGCGGCGGAGAUGGUGCUGCUGGGCGCGCCGCGCUGGCUCCGCAGCCGCCUCACCGACCGCUUCUGGAGGGUGCAGGAGGUGCUCAAGUAUGCGCGGCAUUUUCGUGGAAGGAAGAACCGCUGCUAUAAGCUGGCUGUACGAAGUGUUCGGAGAGCUUUUGUGAAGUCUACAAAAGCCAGAAAAGAGAAGAAGAGAUUCCUAAGAGCGCUCUGGAUCACUAGGAUUGAAGCAGCUUCUCUUGAACAUGGUUUGAAAUACCCAGCUUUUAUAAGCAAUCUGCUUAAGUCUCAGGUCGAGCUGAAUAGGAAAAUGAUUGCUGAUUUAGCUAUUUAUGAGCCAAAGACGUUCAAGUCCCUAGCUGCUUUAGCCCAGAGGAGGAGACAAGAAGGCUUCCUUGCUGCCCUUGGAGAUGGAAAAGAACCAGAAGGGAUAUUUUCACGUAUUGUACACCACUAUUGACAUCAAAAUAAUCUGUGGAUAUGCAUUAUAAACAAGAACUGCAGGUGCUGCAGUUAGCUGUAGAGCAAAAUCCUCUGAAGAUGCUUCUAGCAAGGAAGAAAGAAGGGCAAGUCUAAACAUGAAGUUUGCGAGUUGAUGACUUUUUUUUCCCCAUGUGUUGCUCUGACUGAAAUGCAUUGGGUUAAAAAUUGCCAUCUAAAGUCAGUGGUAAGUCAAGCCUGUAAAAGUUAUAUGUUAACAAGAUACAUAGUAUACAUAUACCUUCUGUUAAGGACUUAAUAAAGAUUUCUUUUAAAUACUA